UGAAAUGCUUAUUAAACUUUUUGGAUGUAAAAGAAAGGAGUCAAGUAUUAAUUCGGGACAAGAUGAAGAUGAAGAAACAAUAUCCUUAAACCCUUGGUUUUAUGAAGAUGAAGAGCUUGAAAACGAAUAUGAGGCUAAACAAAUAUCUCCCUUUACAUUAGCGGCUAUUGUUUUUACUUAUUUGGCUGCUGGAGCUAUUCUACUUCCUCUACUCCAAGGAUGCUUUCAAUUUAUUGACGGCCUAUUUUAUUCGUAUCUUUGCUUUACUGCUAUUGAAUAUGGACAUUUAAUACCAGAAAAUAAUUCAUUAAUUCCUAUUGUUCUCCUUUAUAUGUGUAUUGGAUUAGUUUUGUCAACAAUUGCUUUAGAUGUCGGCUCUAAUUAUGUCCGAAGUCUUUACUAUUUGGGCAAACAAGCAACCAGUAUCGCUCAUACAAGUUUCUUUUAUGGCUCAAAAACAGUAACAGUAAAGGAUUUAAUUAGCGCGGUUGGCCAAGCUAUUGGAAUGAGUCCAGAAUCGAUGGAAAAGGUUGAUAUGAAUAGAAUGGUGGGUGAUGCUAUUGCUGUAAAGGAAGGACAACUUGAUAAAGUUGGACAGAAUUAUAUGUUUUUGGUAUGUUCUGGUUUGAUAAAGCUGGAUAUGGAACAGAAGUGCAUCUAG